CUGUGUCUCCAGUCACAGGUAGGGUUGGCGUCCACCACUUAGCACUGGGUGGUGAGGUGAAACUCGGCUAUACUGGCCUGGACAGGCUACAGAGAGGGUGGGCACUCUUGAUAACUACCCAGUGUACCUCUAGUAAUCAAAGCAAGUUUACUACUCUAUCAUUGGCUGGUAUGGCACCCAACGACAUCCUAAAACACAGAGUCAAGUUGGAUCUUGAAACUGGAAUGCCAGCUAUCUUUUCUGUCGCUGUCGCUGUUUGUUAUAGCCCAACUCACCUCCAAUCGAUACUAACCCAACUUAGUCUUUAUACACCCCAGAAAAUCAAUCCCUUGCCGUCUGUUAGAGGCAAGCGGAGUUGCGUUCCCACUGGCUUAUGCUGUCUUUGAUGCUCUUGACUUUAUCCAACCAUGUUCACCUAAACUCAUACACCGCACGUUUGCUUCAAAUGUACCCACCACUCCUCAACAGGGCCAUUCCUUUGAAAUGGUCUCCGAAACCCAAAUCAAAGAACAGAGGUGUCCUCAGACUCUGUCUUGCCUGUUCACAGCUGCAGAGGCGUUUUUGAUGCGCUUCUUCCACAUAGCAUCACUCAAUCUCUUUCCACUUCCAACAAUGGACCGUUUCAAAUACAGGCAUGCAGCUAUGACGGCUCAAUUGUUUCAUUCGAGAUCAAUAGCAGCGGAUGAAAGCUGUCUGUUGAAAAUGACGAACACGGGAUCUGUUAGAAGUAUGGUAGAAAUCAUGAGUUUGAUUUGCUGCAGAUGCCAGGGUAGAGAAGUUUCCCUGUUUUCCAGCUGAAGUAGCAACUUCCUUACAGGUGAAAUCCAGGGAAAUGGCAGCAAUUGCAGGAAAACUAUCAGAUUUAUUACUGUCAUCUCCAGCUCCUGCAAGAAUUCAUGAUCUUAUGUUAGAAAUCUUUGCAGUCUUUUGCUGUAUUUGUCGUCUCCGCUAGCAAUUUUUAUCAUCACUAAGCGUUCGCGGACGAGCGCGCGGUUUCCGCUACCGGAAGCGUAUAUACCGUCCGUCUCACACUUGUACACAAGACGUCUGGGCGACGUCGUCCGUGCGUAUCUGCUGGUGCAAACAAGCUUGGGACCACCGAAAAAUGUCCGAUCAGUUGGGUAUUGAUGACUUUGCCCAAGUCCAAGAGGCUCUGUGGGAGGCCAGAUCAAAAUGGCACAACAUUGGGACCCGACUCAAACUGGGGGUCUUUGAUCUCGAUUGCAUCAAUUCUGAGCCAGGGUUUGGUCUGGAUGACAAGUUCAACCUCAUGAUCAAGACCAGGUUGAAGAGGAUGGAGCCAUGCACCUGGAGAGAUCUCUAUCAUGCUCUUAAUCAUCCUACUGUUGAUAUGCCCAGUGUUGGCAACAAACUCACAGCAAAGUUACCAAUUGUUGUGGCACUACCUGCAGAGCAAGGGGCAGCAGGUGUGGCUAAAACCUCAUCUAUUAGUGGAGGAGUCCAAGAUAAAGAAAUCACCGAGACGAGAGAAAAGAUUGAUCAGUUGCAGAAAGAAUACAUCGAUAUCUCUGUUUGUGCUGCUGAAGAAUUUAGCAAUAGUGUUGCAGUUAAAAAGUUGCGCUACUCCCUCCUCUGUCUUCCAUCUAAUCUCAAAAAGGAGCAUAGAAAGUUUGUUACUAAAGUGAAAGCCGAAAUAAAACAAGCUGAAUCAGCUGAGGAUAUAAUUGAUGUUAUUGGCGAACAUUAUGACUAUCUCCACUACACUCUGUUGAAGUAUGUCGUUGAUCUCUAUGGAAGUCAGGACUUGAAAAGUAAAAUGGCAAACUAUGCCGAGAAGACGAACGGAUUUCGGAAGGAAACAAGGCUUGAGAUAUUUUCAGAGGUUUGCGCUGAUGAGCCAGAAGAUAUCAACGGAAGGUUCACCACGAUGGUUAGCAAGCACCAAAUGGACUGGAGGACAGCUACACUGGAAGAUGUGGAGAAGUUUCGCAUUCAAGUCUGCCGGGAGCUGUCCUUGUAUGACUUCUCCCUCAACCUCGUGAAAGUGGCUCGAGGGUGUGUGGAGGUGACAUGGCGGGUUCCUCGUUCUCUGGUGGCCUACAUCCAGAACUCUGUCAAGCCCAGCAGUCAGAGCAUGAUGGAGCAUCACGUCGCCACUCUCACCAUUGAGGGUUUCAUUGUCUACGACUCCUCUUUCGCCAUGCAGAAUGAGCACAAAGUGAUUCGCCUUCAAUUUCAAGCUAUAGAUGCCAACAUCAGCUACCUGUUGGAGGAGAUGUCACCAGAAGCAAUAGUGCCACACAUGCUACAGCGAAGGCUCCUUACUCGAGAUGAUGCAGCAAAAGUAUUUGAAGAGAAGAGUCAAUUGAGAAAAGUGUUGGCUGUUAUUGACAAAAUGCGAAAAAGAGCUGUUGGGGGUCUUUUGACAUUCUGUGCAGCGCUGAUUGGUGCAGAGCAGCCACAUGUUGCACAGAAGAUUCUCAGCAAGUUCCAGAGUCUCCUGAAGGGCGAGGCAGUCUCCCACCAACAAGAGGAAGAUGAAGUCAUGAUCUCUGGAGAGUCAAGUACCCAGCCCUCUCCUCCUCCUCCAGAUAGCCGCCUCGUCACUGCUCAAUUGGAGGGUUCGACCCUCACAAGAGUACAGUACAACACCAUACACAGCCUCACCAGCUCCCUACUCUGUAUCCCCACUGGUGAUAUGGUGUAUGAUGGUCACACCCUAAAUCCACUCACUCUUCACUGGCACAUCGAAAGUGUUGGUCCUGUGUUUACGUCUUCCUUUGCUUGUGCUGAAAUGGCUCUUAUGGGUAUUCAAAAGAUCAAAGCAGCUACAAGUUUGAGAUUAGAAUUCCUCGUCUAAGUGAAGUCAGUCUUUUUAAUGCUGCUUAUGAUGGAGACGUUGAGGGUCUAAAUGAUGCUCUCAGAAUAGGAGUUCCAGUGGAUUUUAUGUACCCAGAAGGGUGGACUUCGUUAGUAUGGGCGUCUGAUAAUGGACAUGUGGAGGUGGUGGAGAGGUUAUUACAACAUGGAGCCACAGUAGACAUGCAAGAUAAGAAUGGGUGGAGUUCACUGAUGGUUGCAUCUCAGGAGGGACAUGUGGAGGUGGUGGACAAGUUAUUACAACAUGAAGCCAGAGUAGAUUUGCUAAUGGAGGUGCGUACGUGUGUGGUCAGUGGCAAUAGCACAUCUAUGUUGGCAAGCACAUAAUAUACAAGUAGUUCAGACAGG